AUCAUUCUAAUAUGCUGAUUUGCUGCUCAAGAAACAUUUAUUAUUAUUAUCAAUGUUGAAAACAGUUGUGUACAAUUAUUUUUUCAGGAUUCUUUGAUGAACGGAUUUACACAUGAAACAACAUAUAGAGAAGUGGUACAGAAGACAGUACAAAAGAGACAUUCAGGGCAAAAGUGCAAACAGGGACAGUGCAAGAUGAAAGAAAAAUAAUUAAAGUGUCCAGUACACAGGGAGAGACGAGAGUAUUACCGAAGGUGGAUGGUUUGUAUGAGCCCACUCAUCCACCAAUGCUUAGCCUACUCGCUCACAUAGUAUUGCACAUAAGCAUUGUAAACUUUGAAGUGAACAGUUCACAGCACACAGAUUUGAGAAUGCAGUUACAUACCUUUGUGCCAUAUUUGAAAACAGUUCCCGAUCAACUGAAGACACAAGUGAACAUCACAUGCCUGGCAUUUCCAAGGUGUGAUCUGCCUUUUACCGUGCUGUACUUUCCAAAGCAUGCACUCCGGCGACCAACAGUGGCAAUAUUCUUUGCACCUGAUGUCUGCUCAGCUCCUGGAACCGGUACAUGGUCACUACUGGUCUGUUUUGGUUCUACUUUCUGUGACACACCACAGAGCUCUGCAAUAAGCUGUUCCAUGAACUCUAUGUGGGUCAUGUUACCACCUAGCUCUUUGUGCAUAAUGAAAGCAUUGGUGGAAGCAAUGUCCAAUAAGUGUAGAAAGACCUUUCUGUACCACUUCAUUGUUUUGUGUUGUGCAGUGUAGUACUGUAACAGCUUAUCAGACAGGUCAACAAACCAUCGGGGGGGGGGGGCAUGUGUUUGUUGUAGGCAGUCACAAGUGCAGGACAUGGAAAUGUCUUUGUCCUCCAUGUAUCUUGUGAUUUCACCCUCCUCUGCACAGUCUCACCAGUAUAAGCAGAAUGGAUGAUAGAACAGACAGAUACCUCUCGUGUGUCCAUCCACUUCACAAAUACAAGAAGUCCAUCCUGAAUCCACCUGAUGGAUCCCCUGGCAGAUUAUUUUGAGAGUGAAUUAGUUGCAUCCCGUGGGCAGUCCUUCCUAUAGUCUCUGUAAGUCCCACAAGCACCAAACCUCAUGGCAAACAAGUCUGUCAGGAGCUUUGGACAUGUGUAGAAAUUGUCCAUGUACACAUGGUACCCAGAGCCUAAAACUUUACAGUCCAAAAGAGAUGUCACAGCAUCAAAUGAUAGUCCACGACCUGUGGGAAAGUAUUUUUUAUCCUGUGUACACAGAAAAGUCUACAGUGUAUCCAUUUGGUGAAUCAGCAAGGACAAACAACAUGAAGCCCCACCUGGUUGGCUUGGCUUUCAUGUACUGUGUCAUUCCUCUGUUUGUUUUACAUGCCACCAUCCUUUCAUUCACAGCUAAGUUUCUUUUAGGAUGAUAGAUGGCUUUACAAGCAUGACGGAUAGUGUCCAUGAGAGGUUUGACCCUGAAAAGAUGGUCAUGUUCAGCUCUGCCCCUUUUUCUGUCAUUUUCCUUAUCUGCAUCUGGGUGACUCAUGUGCACAUUCCAUGAAAUGGUGCGGUAUCUGUCUCUUGACAUGAUUGUGGCAGGAAAAGGUACAGAGGAAAGACUGUCUUGCCGCCAGUAGUCUCUGAUGGAGCUCACCUUCACCAUGGCCAUGUAAAACAGCAGGUCAAUGUAGCAGUACAUCUCACUGAUGCUGACAUCUAUCCAUUUAUAUUUGCAGCCCUUUGCAAUCGCCCUGGCAGCCUGAGCAUUGGUGUUGUGGCAGAGAGUUGACACUGCAUUCUCAGAAAAAAAAACAUUUUGAAGAGACUCUGGGGAGUGUGUGCGUCAGCAUGACUCAGCUGUGGUCCAGGUUCUCAUGCAGGCAGGAAUCUCAGAGUCUGUGGAACCAUGUCAGUAUCAGUCUCUGUUUUCCAUGAUAGAGGGGACUGCCUGUUGCUUUCCUGAAUGUUUGUCUUGGCCCUCUUAUAGCUGUAAGCCACACAGGCACAUAUACAUAUUGUAUUAUCACUAAUUAUAUAAACAAAAUUAAACAAACAUCUGUGAAGGCGAGAGUGAUGCAGCCACAUUCCUAAAAAAAGUUGAAAACUAUUAUAACAUAUAUAUUCCAAAGUAUAAUACCAGUAGCCUAUAUGCAUAACUGAUGGGAAAUUAAUGGGUAUAGACGCAUGCUGUAAAUGUCUGUCAAUGGGCCAUUACCGGAGAUAGCAUACCGCAAACAUUUACACAUUCACGCACUUCAUCGUCCGCGCAUAUUUACAGCACAUUUUACACAUUUACACCCGAACAGAUAUUUGCGAGCACAAGCUUCGUUGAUGAUAAUGAGGCAGCAUAAACACUAGUUAAAAUAUAAUCUAAACAUUCAUAUUAUUUUUAUAUCAUAUCACAUAUCAUAUUGAUAUCAUACAGCAUACAAUUGAAAUACCUGCUUUAGCCGAAACAACAUUUAAAUGUAACUAAAACUUGCCUAUUAGGACAUAUUUCAAAUUUCAAUACUCUGAAUCCUGGCUGGCAAGUCUGGAAAUAGUCCAGCUAGUAAAAUAUGUACAUGUUUAUAUAAAAUAGCAUGUCAAGUAAUGUAAGUAAAGACUUACUCAUCCGAAAUUGUAUCCUCGGCUGGAUCAAGUCGCUCUUCAAAAUGAGGAAAAUGUGAACUCUUCGUCACUAUCCAGGACGAUCUGUAGAGCUUCCUCACCUGUGUAGUGUGCCAUCUUCCAAACGCGCAGAAAAGUGAAUGAACUUGAUGUUUUUUAAGGCAUUGUUGGGGGCAUUUACCGUUUGCAUUGAUUGUCUCAGCACAUUACCGUAUGAAUAGCGCACUCUGCUGGUGGGUGUGAUCAGAUUAGCGAUGAUUAGCUGAGCCAGGAGAAACUGUACAUCUCUUUGUUUCAUACAGAUUACAUUGCAGGAGAAUAUUUGUUUUAAAUUUGAAUUGUUUUAUUUAAAAGUAGACAUUUUAAGCUUUCUUUAGACAUAUGUUUCAUGUUUGUCUGAUAAGUAUUCCUGGAGUUUCAGUUCAUUUUUGUGAUGUGUUUCAGAAAGAUGCUCGCGGAGACAGAGACGGCUGAAAGCGCACCCUGUUUAUUUUCUUUAUUUUACAAAAGCACAAGGAUUUGUUGUUACUGAGCUGGACGCAAUUCAAACUUGUGUGCUGGAAAUGGAGGAUGAAGAGCAGUAUGAAGCAGACAGACAGUUCCCAUACCACCCUCAGGCAGGAUUGUUCUACAGUAUGAGCCAUGAAGAUAGAAUAGAUGCUGACAAGAGAUCCAUCUAUGUGGGCAACGUGGAUUAUGGAGCAACAGCAGAUGAACUGGAGAUAUACUUUAAUGUAUGUGGCCAUGUGAACAGAGUUACAAUCCCAUAUAACAGAUUUACAGGCCAUCCAAAAGGUUUUGCUUACAUUGAGUUCUCAGAGAGAGAUUCGGUGCGGACCGCCAUGACUUUAGAUGAAACACCAUUCAGAGGGCGUGUCAUUAAGGUAUUGCCAAAAAGAACAAAUAUUCCAGGUUUCAGGACUACAGACAGGUUCUUGCGUGGAGGCUGGCCCAGAGGGCGAGGUUUCCGUGCACCAAGAUUUUACAGUCCAUUCAGAAGCUGCCAAUUCAUUAGGGGUCCAUGCUUUAAGCUUGUGAUGAGGAGGAGGGCGUGGCCGGGCCGUGAUGGUGCAUGGCCGGCGCUGAAUCAGCUGAUAAGUGUCAGAGCGAGAUAAAGGGGAGCUGGAGGCACCGGUUCAGGGGAGGGAGGGAGAGAGAGAGAGAGAGGCAUGCGGCCACGCUGCAUGUGUGUCUGUGUCCUUAUGUUUUAUGUUGAUUUAAGUUCAUUUAUAUCAUUAAAGUUUAUGUUGACUGUCCAGCCGAUUCCCGCCUCCUCCUUGCCCAUCCUUAUACAGUUUUUGCAUAGUAUCCAGAGUUUUACUGUGGUAUAAGUAAGAACAUGGUAAAACCAUGCUCCUUAUUACCAGAUGUAAUAUGGUUUCUAAAAAAAAAACUAUGGAAUUGAAAAUUACGAAGAAAAAAAAAUAUCCAUGAAGAGAAUAUAAAAAACUGCCAUAAAAAUGACUUGUAUUCCCAUAAUAUACAAUAUUUUAUAUAAUCAUAAUUAUAGUGAGUAGUGACAUAUAUUUCAAAUAUAUAGGCUAUAAUAUUUCUGCCAAAACACCAUUUCUACAGUUAUUGUUACUAACUGCAAUGUGAUUAGAAUGGUUAUGUGUUGAUUGAAAAGAAUAUAAUUACCACUGAAUAACAAAAAAUAUCUUCCUGUUUACCUCAUAACUGCUGUUUAGAAUGUUGGGCUGUUUAAUCUGGUUAUAAAGAGCUGUGCAAGGAGCCUAUAAGGUUUAUAUAUCUUUGCUGUGUGACUGCAUGGUGCGAGGGAGGGCCAGUCUCACUCGGCUCACGCACUGUGGCCAGUGGAUGAAGAACACAGGCUUUUUAUUGUAAAAAACAAUCUAUAUAUUUAUCUCAAAUGUAAAAGCUCUUAAAUGAAUUGAAAUUACACUCCAUACUCCAUAAUGACAAAGCAAAAAUCUGAUUUAUGAUAACUUUUUGAUAAAUUUGCAAAGAAAAAACUGAAAUAUCACAUUGACAUAAGUAUUCAGACCCUUAACUCAGUACUUAGUUGAAGCACCUUUGGAAGUGAUUACAGCCUCAAGUCUUUUUGGGUAUGAUGCGACAAACUUUGCACACCUGGAUUUGGGGAUUUUCUGCCAUUCUUCUCUUUAGAUCCUCUCAAGCUAUGUCAGGUUAGAAGGUGAGCCUAGUCUGAGGUCCUGGGUGCUCUGGACCAGGUUUUCAUUAAGGAUAUCUCUGUGUUUUGCUGAGUUCAGCUUUCCUUCAACCCUGACCAGUCCCCCAGUCCCUGAUGCUGAAAAACACCCCCACAGCAUGAUGCUACCACCACCAUGCUUCACCGUUGGGAUGGUAUUGCGCAGGUGACGAGCGGUGCCUGGUUUCCUACAGACAUGAUGCUUGGAAUUGAGGUCAAACAGUUCAAUCUACAUUUCAUCAGACCAGAGAAUCUUGUUUUUCACAGUCUGAGAGUCCCUUAAGUGCUUUUUUGUGUGUCUUGCACUGAGGAGAGGCUUAUGUCUGGCCACUCUGACAUAAAGCCCAGAUCAGUGGAGUGUUGCAGUGAUGGUUGUCCUUCUGCAAGUUUCUCCCAUCUCCACACAUGAUCUCUGGAGAACCAGAGUGACCAUCGGGUUCUUGGUCCCCUCUCUUACCAAGGCCCUUCUCCCCCGAUUGCUCAGUUUGACCGGGCAGCCAGCUCUAGGAAGAGUCCUGGUUGUUCCAAACUUCUUCCAUUUAAGAAUUAUGGAGGCCACUUGGGAACCUUAAAUGCAGCCAAAAAAAAAAAAGAUCUGUGAUCUGUGCCUCGACACAAUCCUGUCUCUGAACUUUGCAGAAAGUUCCUUUGACCUCAUGGCUUGGUUUUUGCUCUGAUGUGCAUUUUCAGCUGUGAGACCUUAUAUAGACAGAUGUGUGCCUUUCCAAAUCAUGUCCAGUCAAUUGAAUUUGCCACAGAUGGACUCCAAUCAAAGUGUAGAAACAUCUCAAAGAUGAUCCAGAGAAAUAGGAUGCACCUGAGCUAAAUUUCAAGUGUCAUAGCAUGGAGUCUGAAUACUUAUGUCAGUGUGAUAUUUCAGUUUUUUCUUUUUAAUACAUUUGCCAAGUUAUCAAAAAUAUGUUUUUUGCUUUGUCAUUAUGGGGUAUGGAGUGUAGACUGAUGUGACAAUUAAAUAAUUGAAAGCAUUAAUGAAGUGCAAGCCAUGUUACUUUGUGUGAUAGUCUACAAUAUCUUUUUACAAGUAUAUUUAUUAAGGUGGAAAGACUCGUCACACAAUAAAUGCGUCUUUAAAGUGUGAGAAUCACCUUACAAGGUUUUCAGCUUCACACACUGCAUUCAGGUACAGUAUGUAAAGAAAUGCAAAGAAACUCAAUAAUACGUUUUUAAUGUGCUGACAGAAAGAUGAUCAGUUCCCCCGAUCUCUCAAAUAAAUCAUUUUAUAUUUUAUCUUACUAUAUAGGUUUAAGAUAUUAAAUCAUAAUAUAUACAUUUAAAUGUAAUAUUCAGUUGAAAUCAUUAAAACUCAUUUUUUAACCAAUCCACAGAUUUAAUAUUAGCAGACUAUAGUUUUGGCAAGUCCUUUAGGACAUCUACUUUGUGCAUGACGCAAGUAAUUUUUCCAACAAUUGUCUACAGACAGAUUGUUUCAUUUUUAAUUGACUAUAUCACAAUUCCAGUGGGUCAGAAGUUUACAUACACUAAGUUAACUGUGCCUUUAAGCAGCUUGGAAAAUUCCAGAAAAUGAUGUCAAGCCUUUAGACAAUUAGACAAUUAACUUCUGAUAGGCUAAUUGACUAAUUGGAGCCAAGUGGAGGCGUACCUGUAGAUGUAUAUUUAAGGCCAACCAUCAAACUCAGUACCUCUUUGCUUGACAUCAUGAGAAAAUCAAAAGAAAUCAGCAAAGACUGCAGAAAAAAAGUUGUGGACCUCCACAAGUCUGGUUCAUCCUUGGGAGCAAUUUUCAAACGACUGAAGGUACCACGUUCAUCUGUACAAACAAUAGUACGCAAGUAUAAACACCAUGGGACCACACUGCCAUCAUACCGCUCAGGAAGGAGACACAUUCUGUCUCCUAGAGAUGAACGUAGUUUGGUGUGAAAAGUACAAAUCAAUCAUAGAACAACAGCAAAGGACCUUGGGAAGAUGCUGGAGGAAACAGGAAGACAAGCAUCUAUAUCCACAGUAAAACGAGUCCUAUAUCGACAUAACAGGGCUCCAGACUAAAAAAAUGACAUAGGAGCCAAACUGAACUGAAACAUUAAGGAGCCAAAUAGCUGUUUUUAGUUGCAAAAUCAUAUAAUAGCUCGAUUUAGAUUGUUGUUCCGAAACAAGACAGAAAGCAAAAGAAAAGGAAGACAGCUGAUAACCCAUUCAUCGGAGAUUUAAUAAACAGUAUAUGUAGUUGAGAAAAUGCAAGAGUUUGCAUUCCCCUUUUGUCUCAUCAAUGUACACACCCCUUUCAUACUUUAUACAAAUAUGAGAAGAAAAAAAAUUGUUUUUAGUACUGCCCUUCAGAAGCAGAUAUUUACAUAUAGUAUGCAUAUAGUAGUGUGUUGCCUUCUUGAGCAUCAAUGAAUGUUUGCACCUUGUGUAAUAGUUCUGUACAAGUCCC